AUGCCUACCAGAUUACGUCAAACUAGAAAGCACAGGGGAAACGUUACAGCCGGUUACGGUCGUAUCGGAAAGCACAGAAAGCACCCAGGUGGACGUGGUAUGGCCGGUGGUCAGCAUCACCACAGAAUUGCCAUGGAUAAGUACCAUCCAGGUUACUUCGGUAAAGUUGGUAUGAGAUUCUUCCACAAGCAAAAGAACCCAUUCUGGAAGCCAGUUAUCAAUUUAGAAAAGCUAUGGUCUUUGGUUGACAACAAGGACGAGAAGUUGGCUCAGUCCACUAAGGACUCUGCUGUCGUUAUUGACACUUUGGCUCACGGUUACGGUAAGGUCUUGGGUAAGGGAAGACUUCCUAAUGUUCCAGUUAUCGUUAAGGCCAGAUUUGUCUCAAAGUUGGCUGAGGAGAAGAUCAGAGCUGUCGGCGGUGUUGUUGAGCUUGUUGCUUAA